CAUUUUUUUGGAUUCCUGACCUGCGGUUUAGGGUGCCAAGAGUCCUGUGGCCCAUGAACGCGGCUCUUCUUUUUUGGCUUUGUGCCUCUGAAGUGUUAAGCGAAGAAGCGGUGAAGGUGACAUUUGUCAACAAAGCAUCGCAAGAUUUGCACGUGUACUGGAUAAAUCACGAAGGUGUGGCAGAACUCAAAGAUGUGAUAAGGCCGAAUUCCACUAGCCUCCACUCGACGUUUUCUGGUCAUGCCUUCCAAAUCCACCCAGCAGAGGCAACACACGAGCCGUCGAUACUCAAGAUGGCAAGUGGUGGCGAAAUUCAGUGUUAUGAAGAGGCUGGAUUCAGGUGUUUGCCUCAGUGGCAACCUGCUGCAGCUGAAACCCGGUACACUGGGCCUCGAUGGGAUGGCAUCGUUGCAGAGGUUCUUGGAGAUUGCUUCGACAGCCUGAAGGACCAUCCAGGCGACGCAGCUCAUUUUUGCAAUCACGAUCCUACAAGGUGGCAUCGAUCACAAUGCAAGUUCGACUUUACUCCAGAGGAGUUCCAACGUGAACAGCAGCAACACAUAGACGAAGGGCGUGAAAUCAUAUUGUCGCAGCCACCACAGUUUGUGAACUUUACACAAUCUGGAUAUGAGGCCAGAGAUCUUGAACAAGUUCUAGGAACGGACCUGCUUGGUGAAGUGAGAAAUUUUUGGCUCGGCAAUCGCUUGCGGGGCUCGGUUCCAGAAAACAACGCCAAGCUUGAUUUAGCUUUAUCCAGCUGUGAAUCCAAUUCCUGGCUGCUUCCUCUUCCAGAUGAGAUGAAGCUUCGCGUUUUCAAUGCCGUGCAGCCACAUCUCGCUGGCUGGAUUGGCAUGUCUGGCGACGAUUUGGAGCCUACUGCAAUGUAUGGCGUGCGCAUGUACCGCAAUGGCUCGGUGCUGAACUUGCAUGUGGACAAGCCCCAUACACAUGCGGUGUCGGCCAUUCUGGAGAUUGGCCACUUGGGCUUUGGACAUCCGGACUCAGAAUUUGAACAGCAAGAGCCAUCCUGGCCACUAAGAAUACUGAAUCACAAGGGCGAAGAGAAGCUGGUUCCCAACAGAGCCGGCCAGGCUAUUUUCUACGAAUCUGCUACGUGCCCUCACGGGCGACCUUCUGUCUUGCAUAGCAGGGAGUUUGCCAAUGUUUUUGUGCACUUUCGGCCCAAGGGCUGGCCUGGAGAUUUCAUGGCACAUUGACCCCUGAGCCGAGCAGCUUGGCUUGGCAGGUUCAGCUCCGGUACAGCUCAGAUUGCUGCUCUAGGCACCAGCUUGCGCUGCUGAGCGAAGGUCAUUCAUCGGUUCAAAAAGCUAAGGCCUGACCGGUAUGUUU